AACCGGAAGCGACUGCCAGACCUAAACAUGGCGGCCACCCAGUACCUGCGCUGGGGCCUGAACCGAGCCGGAGCCUGGUUGCUCCCGCCGCUCGCCCGCUGCCCCCACCGAACUCUGCACAAACAGGCAGAGGGCACCGAAUUCCGGAGCAUCUACAGCCUGGACAAGCUGUACCCCGAAUCGCGGGGCUCGGACACCGCGUGGAGGGUCCCGGAUGAUGCAAAACAAGUCCACAAUGACAUCCCUGUAGAUCGCCUGACAAUAUCUUAUUGUCGGAGUAGUGGUCCUGGGGGCCAGAACGUUAACAAAGUGAAUUCCAAGGCUGAAGUCAGGUUCCAUCUGGCAAGUGCCGACUGGAUCGCGGAGCCUGUGCGGCAGAAGAUGGCCGUCAUGCACAAAAAUAAGAUCAACAGGUCGGGAGAGUUGAUACUCACCUCUGAGUGCAGCCGCUAUCAGUUCCGAAAUCUGGCAGAUUGCCUACAGAAAAUUCGAGACAUGAUUGCGGAGGCCAGCCAGCCAGCCAAGGAGCCAUCCAAAGAAGACGCCAUACUUAAGAGAAUCAGGAUAGAAAACAUGAAUCGGGAAAGGCUGAGAAAAAAGAGAAUAAAUUCCGCCAUAAAGACAAGCAGGAGGGUAGAUGUGGACUGAAAUCACCCCCUCCAGCCAGCAGAGACCCCCUUCAGAGCAUCCAGGCAGCUGCCACCGAGAGGGCUUUGACGCCACCAGGAGACGCUGCAGCCAUCGCAGGAGUGUUCACUCGGAGCGAGGGUUGUAGGCGCUGGUUGCAGAGGUCUUUAUAGGCCAUCACCAUGUUGUCAAACAUCAGUUAUCCAUUUGAUGUACUAGUUGCAAUAAAAUUCUAAAUUCA